CCCGGGCUCACCAUGGCCGAGCUGCUGCGGAGCCUGCAGGAUUCCCAGCUCGUCGCUCGCUUCCAGCGCCGCUGCGGGCUCUUCCCGGCGCCGGAGGAAGGCCCCCCGGAGAACGGCGCGGACCCCGCGGAGGACGCGGCGCGGGCGCUGGGGCUCGGGCAUCUGUCUGACGCCAACGGCAAGGGCGGCGGGGGGCCGGCCAACGGGCUGCGGAGAGUCUCGGCCCCGCAGGCUUCUGUACAGAAGUACAUUGUGAAGAAUUAUUUCUACUAUUACCUAUUCAGAUUCUCAGCCGCUUUGGGUCAAGAAGUGUUCUACAUCACCUUUCUUCCGUUCACUCACUGGAAUAUUGAUCCUUAUUUAUCCAGAAGACUGGUCAUCAUAUGGGUUUUGGUGAUGUAUAUUGGCCAGAUGGCCAAGGACAUCCUGAAGUGGCCCCGCCCCUUCUCCCCUCCCGUCGUGAAACUGGAGAAGAGAGUGAUUGCUGAGUAUGGAAUGCCAUCUACCCACGCCAUGGCGGCCACCACCAUUUCCUUCACCCUCCUCAUCUCUACGAUGGACAGAUACCAGUAUCCCUUUGUUCUGGGGUUGCUGAUGGCUGUGGUGUUUUCCACCUUGGUGUGUCUCAGCAGAGUCUACACUGGGAUGCACACGGUCCUGGAUGUGCUGGGUGGCAUCCUGGUCACCGCGGUCCUUAUUGUCCUCACCUACCCCGCCUGGACCCUUAUCGAUCGCCUGGACUCGGCCAGCCCCCUCUUCCCCGUCUGUGUCAUCGUGGUGCCGUUCUUCCUGUGUUACAACUACCCCGUGUCCGACUGCUACAGCCCAACCCGAGCGGACACCACAACCAUCCUGGCCGCGGGGGCGGGCGUGACCUUAGGGUUCUGGAUCAACCACUUCUUCCAGCUCGUGUCCGCGCCCGCCGAGUCCCUCCCUGUCAUUCAGAACAUCCCGCCGCUCACCACCGACAUGGUAGUUUUGGGUCUGACCAAAUUCGUCGUGGGAAUCGUGCUGAUCCUUCUGGUCCGCCAGCUCGUACAGAAUCUCUCGCUGCAAGUGCUAUACUCGUGGUUCAGGGUGGUCACCAGGAACAAGGAGGCCAGGCGGAGACUAGAGAUCGAAGUGCCUUACAAGUUCGUCACCUACACAUCUGUGGGCAUCUGCGCCACAACCUUUGUGCCAAUGCUGCACAGGUUUUUGGGAUUGCUCUGAACCUCAAAUGGUUGGGAAGUAGCCCACUGGGCAGGAGAGCCAAAACAGGAGAGUAGUUGGGUGGGCAAGUUUCGAGCAUACGUUUUUCUUAAAAAAAAAAAAAAAAAUCCCGAGUCCCAUGUUUCUUUUGCUGAUGUCUGAGAUAAAUAUCGCUGCUGCAGGUGAAGCCAGGCUAAACCCAUGGUCUGUUCUUUAAGGGUCCCCCCACCACAGGGACCCUGGACCUAGUCGUGGGCUGGCAGGAAUCGUGGCCUGGCUUGGGAGAUCCGAAAGAGACAGGCGUGAUCGGAGAGGCUGGAGGUCAGGCGUCUCUCUUCAGUUAUGACCUUGCCCAUCACUGAGUCUCGGGUCCAAACUUGGUCGGCCCAGAGAAGGGGUGUCACCGUGUAGGACCGCAUUCCUGGGACAGGGUGACUUUGCUGUUGUGAUCACGGUAGACUGUGCCCGCUUGGGUGGCAAGGGCGCUGCGGACCUCCCCGUGGAGCGAUAAAGAGGCGGGGGCAACGCUGGGAGAUGGCGGGUGAGAGCCUGUGUUCCUCCUGAGUCCCGCUCUCUGUGGGUGCACGUAUUCAAACAGCAUCGCUCCUCCUCAUCCGUGCGUUUUGCAGAAUUCCAGGUAGCAUUUCUACACUCUUCGGAUCCAGGAAACCUGGAUCCCACCUCACUUCAUCUGGGCUUCUCAGAGUGUCCCGCUCUCUCCUGCUUCCCAGGGACUUGGGACCAGCACUCUGCCCAUCUGUAGGUGGGUUUUUUUUGGCUUCCUUACCAACUGGGGAGGCCCUGUCAGCUGCCUGUGAAAGUGGAUCACUAGAACAGAUGAACUUAAUCCCUCCUGGGGCCUGACAAGGGGGGACUGGGCCUCCGGGGACAUCACUCCUCCAUUUCUCAUCUACUUGGCGUAAACGUAUUUUCUCACCUACUAAGUAGAAUCGGGGCUCCCUCUCCAUCUUCCCACCUCUUGUCUCUCGGCAGUUUUUAAGGGUAAUUAAGGCAGGAACAGGGUC